CAAGCAUUUCUCCUGGGGUGACUCUGGCCGCCGCCGUGUGUCGAAUGUCGACCUGGCCGAGCCGUCCGGCGUCUUGGAACUGAGGAGGGUUCGGCGGGCCGGCGGCGACCCCUGCCUCUGGAUCCGGAGGAAGCGCGCUGGCAGCGAGCGAUGUCGGGAAUCGUCACAUCUCCGAAGACAGUUGUAGGAGACGCAUCUGGGCCGAGCCGAGCUUGAGGUCUGGUCCGAGUCGUGAGUGAGGAGUGAACGUUUUCAGUGGACCACUCGGCGCAAGCCAUUUCACGACUGCUUUCAUUUUCCGAGUUUGCAACGGGCGCACAGCACGCCCGACCCGCUCACGAACAACAACAAACAAUUUCGAUCUCGGAAGUGCGCUGCGGAACUGUAUCCGGUCUGGUGCGAAAACACUUGGCGGACGCUUUCCCGAUUCCUGGAAAAUUCGUGAUUUGUGUCUCGAGCGCGGGUGCAAUUCGACGAAGGGACGAGCAUUUUCCGCCCCCGGAGUGGCGCAGGCAUGCGCGAAUCGAUACGGACACGGAGCCUGAUUUCCGCAGACGAGACUGACGACGGCCAGACGGCCAAGGAGAUCAGGGAGUCGCGGCGCAGAGGCCUCGCGACGAGGUCAAGUGAGUGAGGGUGGAGUGUGAAUCUUCCCGCGGGAGCGGAGGCGAGUCGCAGGUGAAAAUUUUUUGACGAUUCUCAUCUUCGGCGCUAUCUUUGCAAAGGUGGACUCGCGAUAGGCGCGCGCGUCUGCCAACGAACCGUACCACGGAGUUGUCUGCUGCUGGUGUCGCAGUGGUUUGUGCCUCGCUCUUUUCCGCGCGCCAAAAAAUUCAAAAAAAAAGUCAGGAACGUAAUUGAGUGCGAAACGGUGGAAAAGCCAGUGACAGAUUUGUGAGAAACUAAAGAAAAUCCGCGGAGUCAGAAACAAAGUGAAUUCAGGUGAUGACGAGGAUUCUGAACAGGUGAAAAGUGCUUUGUGCAAUGUCCGGGUGCUGCCAAUUGGAUUUAACGGAAAACUCUCGUAACGAUAACACAUGACUAAUCGAAUUCGAACCGAAGUGCCACCGAUAAAAAUAAAAAUUACAAAAAUUAUGAAAAUGAAUCAGCAACAAUUGCAAGUGGUUGAAAUGAUGGAGCAGCAUCGUCGCGCUUCAAUCACAUCUGAAUCAUCUGUGGAAGUCAUGGAUCUGGCGCGUACUCCAAACCAAAGAAUCAAUCGAGCCCCAAACAAUGACUCGAGUCCCAGCAAUUCGGAACACAAUGAAUCCGAUAGCUACGAAUCAGACACGGAGGAAUGUCCUUCAACCAACAAACCCCAUCCAAACAGUUUCUCCAGCAACGAGCGAAGGAACUCAAGGAUCAGCCUCAACUCGAAUGGCGGAAAUAUUCGGAAGAAAUUUCGAAGUAGUACGCCCAACGCUAAUAUCAACGCGAAUAAUUAUAAUAACAAUAACAACAAUUUGUUGACGACAAAUGCAAUAAACAAUAGUUUAGUAUCUAACAACACAUCGAAUCCACAAACAGAUCGAACCCAGAACGAGUCCGGCUUCGUAGAUUUGAGUAGUCAACAUUUGAAUUCUAGUCCGGAGCCACCGGGAGCCAUUGAACGCGAUGAUGUUAAAUACAUUUGUCCAAUAUGCGAGGUAGUCUCAGCCACUCCACACGAGUUCACCAAUCACAUUCGAUGCCAUAACUACUCCUCUGGUGAUGCUGAGAAUUUUACGUGCCGUAUCUGCUCGAAGGUACUUUCGUCAGCCUCCUCAUUGGACCGUCAUGUUCUUGUGCAUACGGGCGAGCGUCCAUUCAAUUGCAAGUACUGCCACCUCACGUUCACGACAAAUGGAAAUAUGCACCGGCAUAUGCGCACUCAUAAGCAACAUCUACAGCAGCGGAACGCUAACUUAGCCGGAGGCGGCGGUGGUGGCGGUGUAGGUGGCAAUAGGGGCCAUGCUCCUCCUGGAAGUGCAAGCGGCGGCAGUGGAAAUGGCGAUGGGGAGAGCGAUGAAAGCGACGGUUGCUCAACGGACUCCAGUGCAAGCAGCUCAAACAACAACAAGUACAACAACAAUAAUAACAACAAUAACAACAACAACAACAAUUACAAGCGAAAGAGCACCGACGAUGAUAGUGGGCUCGUGAAAAGGCGAAUGAAGACCAUCAACAAUAACAUCAUCAGCGAAUCCGAACUAGAAUACACCGGGUCCUUGCAGAAGCUCUCCUGUCCGCUCUGCAACCGGAACGACUUUGCCAAUAUGUUUGCCCUUGGUUCGCAUAUGGAUCGCGAACACCCCGGCAUCCCCGCCAAAUGUCGACAAUGUGAGAUGGUCUUCAAGAGUCAUAAGUCCUUAAACGCUCAUCGUUGCCCACAAAAGACAAAUAUCACCCAAGGAUUCAAAGACAUGACAUUCGUUGACUUCUCCAGCGAGAAAUUCCCGCUUAUUGCCAAGUCCCUGUGCGAGCAGUCAAUCCACACCCCAAUCACUAAUCAGAAAUUUGAAUGUUUGAAAUGUUUUCGCGCCUUCCCGUGCGCCAGUGCCGUUGAAAUUCAUGCCAAAGAUUGUGGGGAUUCCCCGCAGGACUACUCGAUUAGAAAACGUGCCGCCAGCGAAAGUUCAGAGGAGGAAACCCGUCGAGAUGAAUUUUUUGCUCAUUUAGAUUUACGAAACAAGUCUGCCAUGAGUUUGGCCAGCACAAUGUCAUCUCCACGAACAUCUGAGAAAUCAGACACAAAUGUAAAAACUGAUCUCGAGAAGACAUCGCAAUCUGCGAAUUAUAAUUGUAACGAAUCCAAGGAUUUAGCUGAUAUUCAGUCGAUUUUGAACGUGACCUCGUCAUCGAAUAGUUUCCUGAGGAAUUUCGAGAGUGUUGUCAACACACCACCAAACAGUGAUUAUCUGCUGGGAAAGGACGAAGAAGAAGCCCAGGACGCUUUCACAUCCGAGUUCCGGAAAAUGAAGCUUCGAGGCGAGUUUCCAUGUAAGUUGUGCACUGCAGUGUUUCCCAAUUUACGAGCUCUGAAAGGACACAAUCGGGUGCAUCUGAGUGCUGCAGGAGCAGGACCGUAUCGAUGCAAUAUGUGCCCAUAUUCCAUCCACGAUAAGGCUGCUCUCAUCCGACACAUGAGAACGCACAAUGGCGACCGGCCUUAUGAAUGCGCAGUUUGCAAUUAUGCAUUCACGACAAAAGCGAAUUGUGAACGGCACUUACGUAACCGACAUGCAAAGACCACAAGAGAAGAAGUGAAACGUGCCAUAAUUUACCAUCCUUCCGAGGACUCAAGCUGCGAGGAUCCCAUCAAGAAACUCCAACUGUUCUCCUCUCCUGAACUUGAUGACGACGAGCCAUCAAGUGCUCCGAAAGACCGAUCAACGCCAGUUUCACACCUGAAAGAGAUGCUGCAAUCGAGCAGUCCAAUGAAAAUCCAAGUGAAAAGUCUUGAAAAGCUGAUGGACAACUCAAACGUUACGAUGAGACCGACUGAAGAGAAGGAGAGUGACCUAGACAGCAGUGCAACAUCCACUGACUGCACUCGACCGAUCGACCUGAGCAUGGACGUUUUAGAUCUAAGCAAGAAGACUAAAGUGGAAGAACCAAAGCUAGUUGAGAAACCUGAGCCGAAACCUACAGAUUUGUCAGCGCUAGAAAAAAACCAUCAAUGGCUUCUGGCUCAACAGCAAUUCUUCAAGGAUUCCAUUCCACAAAUCGAUCCUGCCCACUAUCUUCAACUUUCUCAGCUCUGUCGCAAUCUUAUGUUUCCUUCAAUACCGCCCUUCCUGUUCCCGAAUUCAUUUCUUCCAAAUAACUUCGGCGAUCUCAAUAAAUUUCCGCCUAUGCUGCUGAACCCCAUGUUUCCGGGUGCCACUGAAGGAACCCCAGAACCGGCAGGAAUGCGUGUUCAAUCCAAUGCUACACCGCAUUCUCCGCUUAAAUCUCUGGAAAAUCCACUGCAAAAUUCUCCGGCUGCAAUUCAGCUUCAUCCGACGGUACCACAACAACUGAACAUUCCCCGUCACAGCCUAGGUAGUAGCCAGCCUCCAGCGAAUAUGAUGCCGCAGAUCCAGAACACUGGUCCGGUUAAAAUGGUCAUAAAGAAUGGAGUGUUAAUGCCAAAACAGAAACAACGUCGUUAUCGAACCGAAAGACCUUUUACAUGUGAACACUGUGCAGCCCGUUUUACUCUUCGCUCGAACAUGGAACGUCACGUUAAACAGCAACAUCCUCAGUUCUGGGCUCAACGCCAACGUGCAGGACAUCAUAUAAUGCGCCGAAGUGGAUCAGCUAUGUCACAAAUAUCCUCGACAUCUGUUUCGCCCCAAACUCCUGGUUUGCCAACCAAUCAUUUCACUGCCAUAUCGGAUCAAGUGAAAUACGCUAUUUUGGCGCAACAGUUGAAAGCUCGCAAGGACACUGACAUCCUUCAACAAGCUUUAACCCAAAACAAAAAUUCCGACAGCAAUCACUUGAACUUAAUUAACAAUAACGUCCACCAGAAUUCGGUGGUAGGAAAUGGCCUAGAGGAUGAUGACCCAAAGCUGAUCAUUGACGAAGGAAACGAAGGGAAUGACGAAGCCGAGGAAGAUGACGAAGACGAUGACAUUUAUGAAGAGUCCAAGCCUGAAGAUCUCUCCUCGAACACAUCAACCUCAGCUGCAAGAAAAGUCGCUGAUAACAUUCUUGAACAAGCAAUGAAAACUUCAUCUCAAGCAGUUUCCAAUGAUUCCGCAAUGGAAGAUGACGGUGAACUCAAUGAGGCUCACCUGAACGCUUCGAACAAUAUGUUGGCUCAAGCCGAAUCCGUGGGAAAGUACCUCAAGAAGGUGGCUAACUCGUCCUUCAAAGAUGAUUCGUCCGAUCUGGUGCCCAUUUCCAAGCUAGUUGACAAUGCUACCAACUCCUUGACAUCCUUCAAUAAUUACUUUCGUCCAACCGACAUGGCCAAUCACAUGGAACAAAGUGAUGAGGAAGGACUAGUAGCAUCUGGAAGCACAUCUGAAAGCAACAAUUCGGGAAACGAGGAACCCCAAGGAAAUACCGGUCGCGAUGGCAAACGCAAGUCAGCUUAUAGUCUGGCACCGAACAGAGUCUCUUGUAAUUAUUGCCAAAGAACAUUUCCUUGGACGAGUUCUUUAAGGCGACAUAUCCUGACACAUACUGGACAGAAACCUUUCAAAUGUUCACAUUGUCCGCUUUUAUUCACUACAAAGAGCAAUUGUGAUCGUCAUUUGUUACGGAAACACGGAAAUAUUGAAUCAGCCGUGUCACUUUACGUGCCUAUCGAGGACAUCCCUGAACCAGUUCCCAUUCCAAGGGUUGAAGAACCGUCAGAGGAACAGCACAAAUCUCUUCAGUUGGCGACAAGUGGCUUAAAUUUGACAGUCCCCAAUGUGAAGUCGAUGGAGCCACUGAUGACAUCCUCGGAUUUGCCAUUCAAAUGCCAUCUUUGCGACAGCUCCUUCGCUGAACGAAGCCAAUGUUUGGAACACAUAAAAGUGAAUCACUCACAGGAGUUUGCACUGCUGCUGGCAAAAGGAGCUAUAGACGCCGAAGCGGACUACAACCAAAUCCACUCAACGGAGGAUGAUGAACGGGUGGGGGAAGGCCGGGGCAAAUAUCCCGACUACGCCAACAGGAAAGUAAUGUGUGCCUUUUGCAUGCGCCGGUUUUGGUCAACGGAGGAUCUCCGCCGUCAUAUGCGAACUCAUUCUGGAGAGCGUCCUUUUCAGUGUGAAGUCUGCCUGCGGAAGUUCACUUUGAAGCAUAGCAUGCUACGCCAUAUGAAGAAGCACAGCAACGGGCACAGCAACCAUCAAUCCAGUCAAAUCAACAGUGGCUCGGACAUGUCUGAAGAUGAACAACCCACUACAGUGUUCCAUAAGAAUCCUUUGCUUAGUCAAAAGAUCCGCGAAGCACUGAGUCGGGCCGAGGCUUGGCGAAACAGUGCCCUGAGUGGUGACCACAAAGAAAAUAUUGCUCAACAUUCUCAAGGGAAGAGAGCGGACAAAGACGGUUCCGGUGCCAGCGGAAUUGGCAAUGACGAGAACUCAGAUCUGAUUAGUGACCUGUUAGGAAUCACUGGCCAGGGAAUUCUCAACAAACUCUUAUCGUCACCAGACGAAGCUGCCAAAUUGCUCGGAGUCGACAAAUAAACAAAUCUGGAUGUACCACUCCUGAAUGUUUUGUAAAUUGAUACCUUCUCUCUAGUCAACUAUAUUUGAAAACAGAAGCCUAACAAAAAGAUGAAACCUGUGUUAUUGUGGGAAUAUGCCUGCAUCGCCUGCAGAGCCUCCCAAGAUCCACAAGAGAUCUGAGGUCUUGCUGCGUAUCUGUCGUACCUUUGCGUUCUCGUAAACAAACAAAUCGAUACUAACCCACACAUUAUUCAAAUUUUAAUCGUAGUGAAGUAGUGUUUAGAGCCAUCUCAAGAAUUAUUCGCAAUUAAUAUAUCAACAAUAUCUGCACCGCAAUGUCAUGUUAGAUUUAAUCCUUAUCAACUUUUAUUGUUUCAUAUCAUAUUCAAGUAGUUUUUGGAGUCGUCCACUGGUGUUUCGAUAUCAUCAUUAUAUUCCGAGCAUUCAUGAGAAUACCAACGACUUUUAAUCUGUUGGGGUGAAUGCGAUGGGAAAUUUAUCUAUUUUUAGUUUUAUGGUUUAUAUGUUUUUGGAUACUGCACCCUGACUGGUCGCAUCCUGAAGUAAUAAUUUGCUCAACCCCUAUUUGAAUCGUCCAGAAAAAAACUACACUUAAACGAGGCUUGACUUCAAGGUACCUUCGCGUCAUUGAAGCGACCAAUUUCAAUCUACCAAAAAAAGUAUCUUUUAUUUGUUUUCUUAUUUUUCAUAUCUGGAAAAGAUUUUUUGUGGUUUCCGCAGAUACUAGAUUUUAUUUUGACAUUUAAAUUUUCGAUUCAUUGGGCCUAGAUGGAAUUCGCCAGGCUUUUUCAAACUCCAAUUUGACGGUUCAUUUUCCUGUUGGUGUUUAUCCUUGAACAUUCCUAGUAGCAACAUUUUUGUAGUUGUAUAAGCAAUUUACGACGAUAAAUUGUAACUUAUAGACUCUAAGCGAUUGAACUCUAUGGGAAGGCAACCUUGACCAUUUUUAAACUUGAAAAUCAAAAUUAGUUGUAGUUAGCAUUUACGCCUAUUUAAAGAGGACAUACCUAUAUAUCAGUAACAUAAUUUUCCAAUAUGAUUGACAUAUACGAGUAGUUACUUAACGUGUAGAACGUGCAUUUGAAAAAGCAUCGAAAAGAGGCAGAGUUUUAAGGAUAUAAAUUUCGGGAAUUUGGUCCCCAAAAAAAACCACUAAAACAUUGUUUAGGGGCGCCCUAUUCUUAGUAAAUCUGGGUAUAAAUACGUCAAAUAAGUUACUUACCUUCUAAGAACAAAUAAAUAAAUAAGAAAAAUAAAAGCGAAUCAAUUUUGACAUUGAAUUAAACAUUGUACAUGCGCAGGCCUUUAAUACCGAAGUGUGGCUUAUUCUGUAGUUAGUUGCUGAUCCUCGAUAGCUACUGCUUACAUACUAGAAACCUUACAUGAAUACUACUUAGUUGAAAUCAGAUUUUUUAAAUAUUUUUGUAGAAUCUUAAUACUUUUAGUUGAUUUCUUAUUGUGAUUUACUUUGAUAAAACAAAAGACAAAACAUUUAUAAACGAGUUUAGAACAACGAACUGUUAUUUUAAAUCUUUUUUUAUUUUUAAUUAUUAUUAUUAUUUUUAAGUUUCUGUUGAAAGUGAAGUUCAUUUGUUUAAUUUAUUAAAGACUUAACUUAAAGAUAUAUAUUUUACGCAGAUCCUAAAUUAGAGUUUAUAAGGGAGUUGAUGAAUACAAAGCAGAAGAUUUUUUCAUUUUAGUUUUAUUGUAUUUUAGAUUUAUAAUAAGAGUAGUUGUAGAGCAAGUUCAAUUGUAUUUAUGAUUAAAUAUUCAUUGACUUAAAAUAUAUUGUAAAUGGUAUCUUUGUGACAAAAGAAAAAGAAAUACAGCAAUAACCAAAGCAUUUGUGUGUAAAAUAAAAAAAAA